CAACAAGAGGCAUCCAAACUGAGGCAACAAAUCACCAACUUGCAGAAUUCCAAUAGGAAUUUAAUGGGUGAAGCUCUUAGCACCAUGAGUCUCAGAGACUUGAAGCAACUGGAGAAUAGGUUAGAGAAAGGCAUCAGCAAAAUCAGAACCAAAAAGAAUGAGUUGUUAUAUGCUAAAGUAGAGUACAUGCAGAAAAGGGAAAUUAAGUUGCAGAAUGAUAACAUGUACUUAAGGAACAAGAUUACUGAAAAUGAAAGAGUACAACAGCAAAUGAGCAUGCUGCCAGGAAAUACGAUGAUGACAAUGACAAUGUCUAGCACACCUGCUUAUGAACUAAUGCCUCCAUUUGAUGCUCGUGGAUUCCUUCAAGUGAAUUUAAUGGAACAAAAUCAGCAUUAUUCUCACCAGCAGCAGCAACAGACAACAUUGCAACUUGGUGUUCCAUCUCGCUAUGAGAUUGCUGAUAAAAUUAAAAGUCUGAAUGAUAAGCUAGAAGAGAUAUCUUUUUCAUACUUUGAAUCAAACUGUUUUGAUGGUAACCAGGUGGAGUCCUUCCCUGCUGCAGUUGGUGGUCUUCAUGGCCAGCCUAUUGAGGUGGCAUGA